AUAUGCUUCUCGUCCGCAUCCUCUUCUUACAAGUUUGGCUCUUCUUCCGCUCCCGCACCGCAACACAAGCGUGAGCGAUUCGAUGGAUGAAAGAGUCCAGUCGCCAAUGAAGAACGUUGGGACAAGAUUGCCAUGUCAAAGAUACAGCUGCCUCCUCCUGGUCAAGCGCAUCUGCAGCGUUUGAACGGGGACACAGCCUGGCUUCUUUCGCUUCCGACCUACGACGACUCGGCGCAUGAGCAUUGCUCGCAAAGCGGUAUCUUUACGCUAGCCAUAGAUCCCUGGCUGCACACUGCAGGCUCCACCUCCUAUCAUCCCAAGUUCAGCAGGGAAGUGAGGGCGGUGCAGGCUGUGGUGCCGUCCAUCGAAGCGCUGGACGAGCAGAUCCACGAACUUGUCAGGCUUCGCUCGACAUCUGCAGCACGCGAUGAAGCAUCGAACGGACUAGACGCUGUGCUCACUGCUUUCGAAUUCACCGAUCAUGCGCAUCCCGAGUCUUUAGCAAACAUACCCGCACGAAUAGCCCUUUUCGCUACGCAAAACGCUUCGAAGCACGUUCACGAUCUGGCCUCUCGACAACCUGUUGUCAUUCCAGUCUCCUCGUGGAAUCAGCGACCAAGCUGGGAUGAGAAGGUCGAUUCGAACCUCCCGCAGAACGUUCAAUUGCUCACAAUCCCAGCUCGAGAAGGGUGGCAUCCAGCUUGGCCGCGUUUGCACAAUGCGCUCCUGAUUCUGUGGAGGCAACGUUUCACCUCUUCCAAGGAUCAAGGCAGCGCGUGGAAGGAGCGAUACCUGCUUUACUCUCCUCACGGCAUCGAAGAGACUUCUGUACCUCCUUGGCUCACACAGAUCGAAUGCGCAGGAUAUCUGACAGGGUGGGAUUCUCAUCGCAUUCCUUUGAUUCUGGGCGACAAGGUGCAAUUGGGUCUAGAGCCGGCUCUUAGGAUCAUCAGCAAGACGCGAGCCUCACGUCUGAUCAAUACGCACGACGAGCCCAAACACGCCCAAGGUCUCAUCUCGUACCUGUCCAGGAUCCAGCCUUUGGGCGGUCUGUCGGUGGAUGAAGCAUUGCGCAUCAAGCGUGGAGAUCCAGACGAUCAGAGACAAGAGGCAGCCCAGAGCAUCUUGCGUCAUCAUCUUGAGCAGAAGGGUUCUGAACAGGAGGACGACAAGACUUGGCACCCCGUCGCCUUGGCUUUGGCCGCUGGAGCAAUCAUUGAACUCGAUUAAGGCUCGCAGAGCUGCCUGACACCUCGAACAGUCAUACUUUGUUGCUCGACACCAUCCGUAGAUCACUGCAACUUGAAUCCAACCCUUGUAUACCCCUCGAAACCCAAUGCUUGUCUAUAGCCACCCACGCUUCAGUGCCUUUCUUGCUUCAUAGCGCUAUAUAUGAUUGCUCGUCGAC